GUCCCACUGGAAGACUUCUGUCCCAUCGGUCCCAACGACGAACGAAUGAAUGACACCGCGGAAAGACCCUUCGACCUGAUCACAAUAGUGCACACGACGUGGCCGUCGCCAUGGCAUUUGGCGUGAGGAUGGAUCUGCCCUCCUGGGCUACGGACUAUCGUUUCAUCGGCUGCUGUGGAGCCAUUGCAGCAUCUGCUGCCCUCAUCAGAGCUUACCUGUCCCUCCGAGCGCCUAAACGCCACCGCACAGUGCGAUGGCAGCUGCCGCCCUACGCGGAGGACAUGACGCGAUAUGCGUACAAGGCCGCUCGUUUGCCCAAGGAGCCCACCGAUUACAUCGUUAUUGGCUCCGGGAUGGGCGGGCUUUGGCUCGCGGCUGCCUUAAGCAAAUGCGGGUAUACAGUGGUGGUGUUGGAGCAGCAUUACAUUGCCGGCGGAUGCUGUCACACGUUCACGGAGAAAGGUAGGUACCUAGCAAACACAAACACACACGUGUGUAUUCAUACAUGCACGCAUAGCCUCAAUGAGCCGACGAUGCCUGUUUGUAUUCUAGUUGCGUCAAUUGCUGUGCGCGCGUGUGUUCAGGUGCAUGUUUCGACACGGGUAUCCACUACAUUGGAGACUUGAAGGUCGCCGCGAAUCUGAUGGAGGUGGCGGGCGACCCCGCUGACUACCCCGUGCAGUUCCAGGAGGUUGGUCGGGAGAAUGAGGACACCAGGGCAAGGGAUGGGACCGGCAGGGGCCUCUACGACGUUAUCAAGUUUGGCAACGACACGGAAAUCAGGUAAACAAACAUACGAGCGAACCAGUCAGACAGAUGGGCAAUUGUGCGGAUGUGUAUGUGUAUGUUUAUGUGUGUAUGUGUGUGUGUGUGCGCUUGCAUGUGCAUACAUAUGUGGGUGGGCGUUUGUUAUGUGUGUAUGACCAUAUAUACCAUGUAGGCUGCGUGCUGGCAAGGAGGCGUUUAUGAGUGAGAUGAGUCGCCACUUGCCUGCUCAGUUGGUGUCUGACUGGGUCAAGACGGUCAAGCAGGCCACCAAGACCUGGCGUAUGCUGGCCAUGUCCAGGGCGUUUUCGCCUCUCGUUCAGGUCCGUCCUGCUGUUCCUACCUACCUACCUACCUACCUACCUACGCACAAACCAACCAACAACAACAGAAGAGUGCGGUCGUCGUGUGAGUUGUGCUUACAUGUCAUUGUGUGUGAUGUGUUGCAUGCAGUGGUUUUGGCUGCGCUUGCUGGGCAGCGGGGCACUCAAGUGGGCACGGAAGACAACACGACAGGUGCGUCCUUCAUCGCGCAAACAGCCCCCCCCCGUAUGCAUGAAUCUACAUACUCAUGGGUAUUUUCAUAUGGGACGACGUGCGGGCGUGGGUGCGGUGCGUGGAUGUGCAUGUAUGUGCAGGUGGUCCAGGAGCUUAAUGGCGAUAUGAAGGCCGAGGGGAUCCUGUCAGGCCAGUGCGUGGACUGGGGGGAGGUCCCAUCAACGGCCUGCUUCCUCCUGCAGGCAGUGAUCCAGCAUCACUACAUGCAUGGCGCAUGCUUCCCUGUCGGCGGGCCGCUUAGCAUUGUGCGCACGCUCAUCUCCACCAUCCACAAGGCGGGCUCACGCGUGUUUGUGAGAGCCAAAGUCGAGAAGAUCCUGGUCAACAAAGGUACACACGUACAUACAUACAUACAUACAUACACACGUACGGACAGACAGACAUGCAUGCAUCCAUAUGACCUCCCAAGACAGCAGGGUGCUUGGUUGGUUGUACAUGUAUGUAUGUAUGGGUGGAGUCUUUUUCCCUGUGUGUGUGUAGGUGUGGCUGAGGGUGUGGUGCUGUCCAACGGUGACACGUUGAGGAGCAGACGGGGCGUCGUCUCGUCGGUCGGCCUAUCUGCCACAUUGGUAGGGAGGCAGGCAGGAUCACAACACGUGCAGGCAGGCUACGCAUGCAACAACAUGUGCAUGUAUGCACUUCCCAAGCCUCUCGCUCCCUUUGACAUGUGUGCGUGCGCGCGUGUGGGUGUGUGGGUGCGGUGUAUGGUUCACACAGGGUCAUCUGUUGUCGAGUGAGGAUGUCGAUCGAUACAUGUCGGCAGAGGCCAGGCUGCUGAAGGAUGUGGGUGAGGGGGUCAGCAAUGUGUGCGCGUUCGUCACGCUGCAGGGCAGCUCAGAUGAGCUGAGGCUGCCCACCAGCAACCUGCACUACUGGCCCGAAAUGCCAACAGAGGUGAAGAGUAGAAUGAAAAAGGCAGACAAACAGACAGAGGCUGGCUAGGGCAGUCUAUGGGUGCAACUGUUGUGGGUUGGUGUCUGUCUGUCUGUCUGUCUGCUUUGUGCCUUCAUACAUACGCACAUACACACCUAUAUAGGGUCGUGGUCUUGAUGCCGUGGCUGUCAAGUACGCCGAGGCGCUGCUGGACGUCGACGCACACGAUGCAGCGUACUUCAUCUGUGAGCUGGCUGGCUGGGUGGCUGCAUGGAUGGACGCACGCACACACGCACGUGUCUUGUCCUAUCUGACUUGGUGUGCGCAUACAUGCAUCCAUCUACCAAUCAGCAUUUCCUUCCGCGAAGGACCCUGAGUACGACGCUCGUCACCCUGGCACGUCCACAUGCGAAAUGCUCAUGGAGACCACAUCAGGCAUGUUCGAACAGCUAAAUGAAGGUAGGUAGAAGGACGACAUCCGCUCGCUCGUGUGAUGCAUGUUCGUAUGGUUGCAUGGAUGAAUGCAUGCAUCUCAUUUUGUGUGUGUGUGUGUGUGUGUGUGUGUGCAGCUCUUGGAGGCGCGCGCACGACCCGUCGCACGGCAGCGUACAAGGACGUGAAGAAGCUGCUAGUGGACAAGUUCAGGAGGUGUUUGACCGAGCACUUCCCUCACUUACAAGGUGACCCCGGAUACUAACAACGUCGUCCAUGGAUGCCUCACUAGAUAGCUGUCUGUGUUCCUGAAUGCCUGUCUUCCUGGCUGCGCUGCCUGCAGACAAGAUCGUGAGCAUUGAAGUGUCUACGCCAUUGUCGAUGCACCACUACCUUCAGCGUUUCUCCACCUACGGGCUCCGCCACACGCCCGAGCGCAUAGCGAAUCCGGUGCCGCGUGUGGGGACGGGCAUAAGGAGGCUCUACCUCAGCGGACAGGACCUCAUCACAGAAGGCUGGAUGGGUAUGUAUGUAUGUAAACACACACGCACAUUCAGGGCAACACACUUGGCUUGCUUCACGUGUGUGUGGUGUGGGUGGGUGGGUGGGUGGGUGGCUGGCAUCCCUCACUCAGCUGCCGUGUAUUCGGGCAUGGUUGCUGCCACGCACCUUCUCGGCUACACGCCUUGGGACCUCGUCAGCGGCCGUUUGUUCCUGGACGACCUGGCCAAGAUACCAAACCCGCCAUCCAUCGCACAGCUAGAGGAGGCAGCAGCGGCAGCGGCAGCGGUUGGCGGCGACAAGAAGGGGCAGGAGGGAGCGCGAGUGGGGGCUUAGCUUGAUAGAUGGGUAGGGGCGGGAGGUGGACUCGGGAGCUAGCUAUGCAUGUGUUUGUUCAAGCGUUCAUGUACAAUACACAGGGCUGUGUUCGUCGCGAUCGAUCGGCAAGUAGUUUUUAAACAAGAUUUUGUCUCAAGUACGCGCAUGCGUUUGCUUUGUGUUCAUCUACGAGAGUGUCGAUAGAGGGAGGGGUGUUGGAGGAGCGGAUUAUCUUUUUGAAAAAGCGACGGCGUCUUUCGCUCGUAAUUGUGUGCGGAUGUACGUGGGAGCGUAUCCUUCUUUGCUUUAAGUGGCAUCCAGCGGUCCCUCGCAAACAGACAGGCAAGACACAUGCAUGCAUGCAUCCAUUCCUGAAUGGACGACAUCCACCACACCAUCAUGACCACGACCAUUAAGAGAGUUCAUG